CACUCUUACCCUUUACACCUCUUUCCUCAAAAACCCUAGAUCUCUCUCUCUCUCUCCCUUUUAGGGAAGCUUCCCUUUGUUUACACACAUCACUUUAACUAGAUUACUCUCUUCUCUUCUUUAUUCACACAGCUUCACGUUGAAGACGAGGGAUUACUCGAUUUUGCCAGAUCUGUUUGUCUCUCACUCCUCGUUUUACCUCAAAAACCCUUCACAUUUUUGAUCUGUUUGAAGGAAGCUAUGACUUGUGUUUGUUGAUAGUGAGAAGUAAAGGAACGGUUUUUAUCUACAAGAUACUUGCUUUUUUUGUCCUUUGUUGUUGCCACAAAUGGCAAUGCCACCAGGAAAUGUUGUUACUCCGUCUGAGAAAUUGCAGUUUCCUCCGCCCGCUAACGUCGCCGGAAAUUGGAUCCCGGACGAGCGAGAUGGGUUUAUCUCUUGGCUGCGUGCGGAGUUUGCUGCGGCUAACGCGAUCAUCGAUUCCCUUUGUCAGCAUUUACAAACGAUCGGAGAUCACAACGAAUACGAUUCCGUGAUCAGAAGCAUCCAUCACCGUCGUUUAGGCUGGUCUCAGGUUCUUACUAUGCAGCAGUUUUACCCAGUGGCUGAGGUUUCUUACAACCUUCAACAGAUUGCUUGGAAACGGCAACAGCAGAUGCCACCUCAAAGGCAUUACAGUUCUGAUCAGAUUGGGAAAUUUGGAGGAAGGAGAUCAGGGCCUGGGUUUAACAAGCAUCAUGGUGGUGGUUACAGAGGAGCUGAUUCAAUGGCCAGAAACGGGCAUAAUUUCAAUUCGACCUCGGAUUACCAUAGUGUAAGCAGUGAUCAUGUUGAGAAUCGGGAGGAAGCUAAACUAGCAAGUGAUGUUAAGGCAUUAUCUGUUACAGAGGAGAAGAAAGAUGGUAGCGAGAAACCAAAGAGCGAUAGUAAAGUCGAGAAAAACCUGGAAAAAUCUGAAACUCAAGAGGAGAUAGUGAACCAUAAGUGUAACUCGGCUUCUAAAGAUAACAGUCUCAGUUCAGAGCAAAAGCGAGAAGAGAAAGAUAAAGAGUGUCCUGCAAGCAUGGCAAAGACUUUUGUUGUCCAAGAGAUGUAUGAAGCAAAAAUGGUUAACGUUGUCGAAGGAUUGAAGCUGUACGACAAAAUGGUUGACGCAAAGGAGGUUUCUCAACUCGUUUCUCUUGUGAACAAUCUGAGACUUUCUGGUAGAAGAGGUCAACUUCAAAGUGAGGCAUAUGUGGGUUAUAAGCGGCCAAAUAGAGGACAUGGACGUGAGAUGAUCCAACUUGGUCUCCCCAUAGCUGAUACGCCGCCUGAUGAUGAGAGUAUCAAAGAUCGAAGAAUAGAGCCAAUCCCAUCAUCUCUUUCAGACAUCAUUGAACGUUUGAUGACAAAGCAAAUCAUUCCUGUGAAACCAGACGCAUGCAUCAUUGACUUCUUCAGCGAGGGAGAUCACUCGCAGCCUCAUAUGUUUGUUCCUUGGUUUGGACGACCCGUGUGUGUCUUGUCCUUGUCUGAAUGCGAUUUCACAUUCGGAAGAGUCAUUGUCUCUGAUCAUCCUGGCGACUACAAGGGCUCUCUCAAGUUGUCUCUCACUCCCGGAUCGGUUCUUAUGGUGGAAGGCAAAUCCGCAAAUCUUGCUAAGUAUGCAGUCCACUCAACCCGAAAGCAACGGAUACUCAUCACCUUCAUCAAAUCUAAACCAAGAAGCUCCAUAACCGGAGCUAACUGGGGACCCCCGCCUAGCAGAUCGCCGAAUCACCACAUCCGUCACCCAACCGGACCACCUAAACACUACCCGGUUAUCCCAACAACUGGUGUCUUGCCCACACCGUCUCACCGCCCACCAAACGGAUCUGUUCAACCGAUGUUCAUAGCCCCUUCUCCUCCGCUUGCCCCUCCAAUGCCGUUCCCAGGUGCUGUGCCACCAGGGCCAACGGUAUGGCCACUGUUGCCACCUCAUCCACGGCACCAGCCGCCACCACAACCUCGAAUGCUCAUCCCUGGCACCGGUGUGUUCCUCCCACCAGGUUCAAACCAAGAAAAUGUUACACAAGGGUCCCCAGAGAAAGCAGACAACAGCGAGGGAAGCAGCAACCCUGCACAAGAUGUGAAAACGAAGGAAGAAGGUCGUAACGGAAGUGCUGCAGGGGAAUGCGGUGGCAGUAAUGGUAAACAGAGCAAUUAGCUGAAGAAGAGAGAUAGAGCAAAGAGGGAAAAGCUAGUUUUUGAGAGAUAUGAAAUCUGAGGUGCAGUUUAUAAACUGUAAAAAAAGAGCGGCGAAUUCGAUGCAAGUGUCGUUUGUUUUUGUCACUUGGAGGAAUUAUUUUUAGGAGAGAAGCAAAAGAGACCAAUAGCAAAAUUUACCCGUUUUCUUACUC